CUAAGCUCUUACACAAUCACUCCUCCAGCACGAGGUCAGGGAUGGCCCAGAUGACCCUGAAGACAGCUCUUGACUCCAGUUUUCCACAGGCCAAGGCUGAAGCCAAGUACCGCACUCGCCGCCUAAGGCCGUCCUCAGGAGACAUGCACCUGGCCCGCCAGCGCGCGGAAGCAUCACCGCUGGGCGCUGCACCAAAGGGCAGCCAAUCACGCACCGCUUUCGCCCAGAUUCCUCCGCCGGAGGCCGCGCCGCAGCCGCAGGUGGCCCGGCGAGCGCGUCCUCCACCAGCGCCGCCAAUCGCGACCCCCGCCGCCCUUCCCGUGAUGCCCCGCGGCUGA